AUGGCUUCAAUGAACUAUUGCUUUACUGUCUGUCGUGCAGCUGAUGAAAAAGUUCAACAAGAAACUCAUCCAAAUUUAUCAUCAUCAUCAACACCAGCAGUUGAUACUCCUCAAUCGGUUUCACCUGGUAAUGGUGCUUAUUUUUUUGGACGUUUCUUUUCAUUUGGUACAUCACCACCGGCAUCAACAGCAUCACUUAGUAAUCCAUUUACUCUUAAAGCUGCUGGCUUUGCCGAUAUUGAUGACAAUUUAUUUUAA